ACAGCAAGGAAAAUAAUGAGAGAGUUCUAGAGAGAGAAAGCUUCAGAAUUCUCUCAUGGCGUUGGCUGCUUCUUCUUCUUCUUCUGCCAUUCUUGGGUCUGUCGGUUCCCAUGAUCUCAAUGCUGCAAAAAUUAGCUCUUUCCAAAGGUUGAAUCAACCUGUGAUUCUAUCAGCUUCCUCCAAUGUCAUCCAUGGACAAUCCUGGAUGAAGCCAAUUUCCGCAGAUCCGAAGAGGAGCCACGCUAUGAUCCCUUUUGCAGCGACAAUAGCUGCUCCUGAGGUAUUGGGGAAGGGUGAAACUGAGGUAGUUGAGGAUUAUGAUAAGUUGGCAAAGGACCUAGAAAGUGCCUCCCCUCUUGAAAUUAUGGACAAGGCCCUUCAAAAUUUUGGGAAUGAUAUUGCUAUUGCUUUCAGUGGAGCUGAGGAUGUGGUUUUGAUUGAAUAUGCACGGUUAACUGGUCGGCCUUUCAGGGUGUUUAGCCUGGAUACUGGAAGGUUGAACCCGGAGACAUAUGCGUUUUUUGACACCGUGGAGAAGCACUAUGGAAUUCAUAUCGAGUAUGUGUUUCCAGAUUCUGUUGAGGUGCAGGCACUGGUGAGGAACAAGGGAUUGUUCUCUUUCUAUGAAGAUGGUCACCAAGAAUGCUGCAGAAUACGUAAGGUGAGGCCUCUUAGGAAGGCUCUUAAGGGUCUUCGAGCCUGGAUCACUGGGCAGAGGAAAGAUCAAUCUCCAGGCACCAGAGCUGAAAUUCCGGUUGUCCAAGUGGAUCCUACAUUUGAAGGGAUGGAUAGUGGGGUUGGCAGCCUAGUGAAGUGGAACCCAGUGGCAAAUGUGGACAGCAUGGACAUUUGGAACUUCCUCAGGGCCAUGAAUGUGCCUGUUAACAGUUUGCACUCACAAGGAUAUGUAUCAAUUGGGUGUGAGCCAUGCACUCGGCCAGUUUUGCCCGGCCAGCACGAGAGGGAAGGAAGGUGGUGGUGGGAGGACUCCAAGGCCAAGGAGUGUGGCCUCCACAAAGGAAAUAUCAAACAAGAAGAGGUGCCUGAACUAAAUGGAAAUGGCAAUGGGGCUGCCCACAAAAAUGGAACCGCUGCAGUUACCGACAUUUUCAACUCCCAAAAUGUGGUUUCCCUUAGUAGAACUGGGAUUGGGAACUUAACCAAGUUGGAGAACCGAGCAGAUCCAUGGCUGGUUGUGCUCUAUGCACCUUGGUGCCGUUUUUGCCAGGCCAUGGAAGGAUCAUAUGAUGAAUUGGCAGAAAAGCUGGCGGGUAGUGGGAUAAAGGUGGGAAAGUUCAGAGCAGAUGGUGAGCAGAAGAAAUUUGCACAGCAGGAGCUGCAGCUUGGUAGCUUCCCUACAAUACUAUUCUUUCCUAAGCAUUCUCCCAAUCCGAUCAAAUAUCCCUCAGAGAAAAGGGAUGUUGAUUCGUUGACGGCUUUUGUUAACGCCUUACAAUGAUGGUGACUAUGAUGAAAUUCGACAGCAAGGAGCAUUGUGCUUUCAGGGGGCCAUUUUCAUCUGAAACCCUGCUUUGCACAUGGAGAUGCUCCCUGUGAAAUCCAUGGUCUUGUACAUUGUUGGUUCAGGCUGAGAAGAGUUCCCCUACAAAACUUCAGUGAUCCUGUUUUCAGGUUGUUCAUAGCUUUCCUUUUUUCUUAGAUCAAGGACAACAGAGCGUGACUAAUAUUGUCAUUAUUACUUCAUAUAUUAAUUUCUGCCUUCUCUUCUUGUUGGCUACUAGAAUGGGUCUUUGAUUUCUUCUGAUAAUUUGCUUAUGAAGAGAGUAACAAUUGAUCA